AAACAGUAAAACUGUCUGUGUCCUCGUUCUGCCGUUAAGCAUUAGCGAUAGCCGGCUACAGGCUAAGCUACACGCGUUCGCUCGUGUUUCACUUGCGACUUCUUCUGUCUCUGGGUCAGACUCCGGGUCAAAGGCGUAUGGGAUUACGGCGCGGGCUCGUAACACAGCCAUUUAACACUGUUUUGAUAAUGACUAGCAGAGCAUCCAUCGUGCCAGGGGGGGAGCUGCGUGUCUGAGAGCUGACGUUUUACGAAUUACGUCACUUCCAGGUACCUGGCCAAUCACAGGACAGUGAGAAAGCUCUCGUUGGCUGGCCAAUAACAACGCAGUCCGCGUUGUACUUUCAACCAUAGAAGAACUACGCUUGUUGUAACUGCUGAUCGUGUCGGCUGAGAACAUGUCGAAAAAAGGUUCCGCGAGUGUUUGCUCUGUUCUGGGUUGUGAUAAAAAAUACCAGACCCUCCACAAGCUCCCCACCAAGGAGCAACGAAAAGAUCAGUGGAUAUCUUUCAUAUUUGAUGGGAAUAUCCCUGCUACAUUUCCCAAAUACCUCCAUGUAUGUGGCAACCACUUCACUCAGGAUUGUUACACAAACUUCCGGCAAUAUAAAGCAGGACACAGCACCAAACUUCACCUAAAGGAAGGAGCAGUGCCAACAAUACGUGCUGGGUUACCUGAAGCAGAAGGUGUUGCUGUUCCCUGUGUUGCCGUACAGAAUACCAAUAAUUUCCCUGCAGUAAACCCUGGUAGCUUGCCUGUAGUAACCAGUAUAUUACCUGCAGUAAACACUGGUAGUUUGCCUGUAGUGACCAGUAAAUCAACUACUGUAAACACCAGUAGUUUGCCUCGUGUAAGACAUGCAGCCACGCAGACUGUACCACCAUCGAAAAGAUCAGUUGGUAUCCAACUAUCCAUGAGGAAGCUGAAAACCAAUGUUCGUAAUGCAGGGACCCAAGCAACAGUGGCCAGCAAAAGCCGUGGAGUUGACACCCACACCUUCAGCCUGGACAGAUUGUUUCUACAACCAACACUGGUAAAGAGACCAGCAAAGAGACCUCGACUCAGCAUUUCAGACAAGGAGGAGGAGGAGAAGGGAAGUCCUGAAUGCAGCUAGUUCAGGCAGGUUCAUGAGCCAAAGAUUUGAAUGUGAAUCCGAGGACUCUUUCUCAGUUGUGGAUUAGCAGUCUCAACCUUUCACAAACUCUCAAUGGGAAAGAACAAUUAAGAGUCCCACACUAUGAAACAUGUGCCCCAUUUUUCUUAUAGAAACUCCUCUUGAUAAUAAAGGUGCAAUGUUCUUACCUUGAGUAUGCUGUACAUAAGUUGUUGGUAUCAACAGUUACAAGUUGUUUUUUUUUCCUAUUUGUAGUGUGCUGUGGUGAAAUAGGCAUCGGGAUAAUUGAAGUGGUAACUGUAUAAGUUUUCUUAAUGGAAGUUCAAUUGGGAUGUAUUCCUGUAUCUGAUACAUGAGAUCAUUCAAUGUCUCGAUAUUCCCAGGAAAAUGUCCAGAUAAACAAAUGUGAUCAGUGUCUUUGAGCAAGGCAUCAAACCCUCAGCUGCUCCACUGGAACUGUGACUGUUUUCUCUGUUCAUUGUUUAAAAAAAAAGGGGGAGGUUUGUGGUCCGCUAGGCUGAAGGUUCAACCACUAAUUUGUCUUUAGUUCCUGUUUCUACAAGUUAUGAGUACAAUGCAAUGUAAUUUCUACUAAACUAGACAAAACCUAUGUGACCUAUAUGACAUAUAAUGUGUCAGAGUUGACUAUAAAGCAGGCCUGUAUGGAACUGUAUAAACUGCCUGUAGUGUUUUUAUUAAUCUAGAUCCUUUAUUAUGGUUAUUAUUAAAGCAUCAAUGUACAGAGAAUUUACACACGAAUAAAGUUCCAUUCAUUA